UCAAUUGACAGCCUUUCCGACACAUGACAGAUCCGUCAACACAACUAAUGUAAGAGAUUUUCGUAGUCGAAACAGUCUUAAUUGUAUAUGUUUGUACUCAAGAUUAUAUAAAUUAUGCCGAAAAACAAAGGAAAAGGUGGUAAAAACCGAAGGAGGGGAAAGAAUGAGAACGAAACUGAGAAACGUGAGUUAGUCUUCAAAGAAGACGGACAGGAGUACGCCCAAGUCACAAAAAUGCUCGGUAAUGGCCGCUUGGAGGCCAUGUGCUUUGAUGGCAUAAAACGUCUUUGCCACAUCAGAGGGAAGUUAAGAAAAAAAGUGUGGAUAAAUCAAGGUGACAUCAUACUCAUUGGCUUGCGAGAUUACCAGGACGCCAAAGCUGACGUCAUCUUAAAGUACACCCCCGAUGAGGCCAGGAAUCUGAAGACGUACGGAGAAUUCCCUGAAACAGUACGCAUCAAUGAAACAGUAGUGUAUUCUGUAGAUGGGUUGGAUGAAGAUAUUGAGUUCGGAGACGAGGUUAGCUCUGAAGACGAAGCAGACGCUGUUGAUGCUAUUUAAGUACUUUUUAUGUUUACAGCUACCGUAAGUCUAUGUAAAUUUAUUUCCGUUAUAAAUAUAAAUAAAAUGUCUUGUGAUUUUGAUAAUAGGUUUGUUCUCAAAAUUACAUGUAAGCCAUGAUGCACUCUAGUAAAUAUGGUAUCUAAAUAUUUUUAGAUGCCCAGUGUUGUCUUAAAUUGGAAGGUGACAAUGAUCCCAAUAUUUAUUUUAAAAAUAGCAAAACUAUGUUUACAAUAGUAUUAUAGCCAAAUUAAAAAGUGCAACAUUCCUUGAACUCCUUAAACAAUCAUAUGUGAAAUAUAAAAUUGUAAGGAAUGUAUAUAAUUAAAUAACUAUAAACACAAAACUUA